GGAAGCUGAGGCUGAAGACAGAGAAGAACAAGAGGUUAUGAGGGAAGGAAGUAAGGACGACAGAGUGGAGAAAGAAAAGGGGGAAGAGGAGGCAGAAAAAGAAAUAGAAGAAGAAAACGAGGUGAUGGUUGACGAAGAGGCGGCGGAGACAAAAGGAGAGAUGGAGGAAAAACUAGAAAGGAUUGAUGGAGAAGAAGAAGAGGUGGAGGAAAAAGAAAUGAUGAUGGAGGAGCAAAAGGUUUAUGGAAAAGAAGAAAAUGAUGCUGAGAAACAAGAAGAAGAGGAAGAGUUAGAGAGUGUAACAGACCAAGAAGAAGAAGAGCAGCAGUGGGAAGAAAAACCAGCUGAUGAGGCAGAUUAUCAGAAAUCUUCUUCUUCACCUCAACAACAGUUUGACCGGACAGAACCAGUGAGUCAUGACGGAGAAGAGCCGGAGAAAAACUCAGUCACUGCCAAACUGAAGAGAGAGAACAUUUAUCCUACAUGGCCGAGCAGCGACAAAGACUGUGAGGAGGCUUUUCUGAGCAGCAUCGACGCUGCAGCUCAAACUGCUGCUGCAGAGACAGAGACGGACACGAAUCUCCCUCCUGUCGCUGCUCGUCUGAGGGAUCUGCUGGACGGUGAAGACGACGACGACUCACCUGAACUACACACAGAUUUACUGGCACCAGGUUGCAGGCUGGAGAAAAGAGUGACGCUGAUGGAUGCAGCAGCUCAGUCGUCAACGGCGGCCGGACGGGAAAACAAAGAGGUCAGUCUGACCCAGAACCCUGCGGCGGAAGCAAAGGAGGGCGAAGGAGCCAAAGACGAAGGAGGUCAAAACUCUUCUAAAACGAACGGCGAGGCGGACGACAAGACGAGCGGCGGCCGUCAGUCAACGAAGUACAAAACUGUGUCCUACAGGAGGAUCCGGAAAGGAAACACCAAACAGAGGAUUGAUGAGUUUGAGGCCAUGAUGAACUCCUGAUCGGGCCUUAAAUAUUGUCAGAAGGUUUGGUUCAAAUGACCAAGUUGCUUUUUGUGAUCCUGUAUUUGUGGAUGAUGAUUCCCAUCGAUAAAUAAAUAGAGAACCCAGGAGAGAACCAUGUGGUACUCCAUUUUUAAAUAUAUAUAUUGAUCGUCUUAUUGCUAGGACUGAAAUUAGAUUUGGUUUUGCAUUACACCCUCGUCAAAGCGUUCUCUCAUAGUGUGUUUCUCCCUCUAGUUUUCUGUGUAUCUAUUUAUCUAUAUAAUCUAUUUUCCCAGCAUAUCAAAAGCUUUUGUGACAUUAAUGCCCAUACUUCAGCCUCUGAGGCAAAACAUCAUCUCCCUAACGGCUGAGUU